UCACUAGAACUUAAUAACUUGCGAAGAUGAUAUUGUUAAUGAAUACUGUUUGUUUUAUUUAUAUUGUGUUUGUUAUAAAUACAAAUGCACAUAUAACAGAACUCAAUGAUGUAAUAGUGGUGAUAUUAAGUCAAGAAGAAGGCUAUCAUGCUGCUCACGCUAAUUAUUUACAAAAAAGUAUCUAUGAACAAGCGAGUGCUCUUGAAAAAGAAGCACCAGAAAUAGUAUUGUCUCAUGAAUUAAAAAUUAACAAUUCAUGGACAAUAACUUCAUUAUUGAUUCAUUUGUCAAGUACAUUUCCAAAUGCACAAUGGUUUUUUUUCUGUAUGGAGAAUACUGUAAUUCGAUUAGAAAGGCUAUUGGAUGUUCUUGGAGGAUUCAAUGCAUCACUAGAUAUAUGGAUUGGACAUGCACUUUAUGACCAUGAACCUACCAUUAUCCAUCAUUUUGAAAAGCAUACUAGGAAAUUUAAAUAUCCGAAUAUUGCAUCAGGAUUUGCCAUGACUUCUAAGCUAUUAAAAAGUUUAUCUCAACAAGUUUCUGAAGGUAGUGCUCCAAAACCAGAUUUUUCUAUUGAUGCAUCCUAUGAAUUUGCAAGUUUUGUUCUAAAAAGUAUAAAUGCUGUAAGAUUGACACAUGUGUCUAAAAUAUGUGUUGUGUCUGGCUCUGAUUGUGCCACAUAUCCUCGAUUCUUCCAUCCUUGUAAUUCUUCUAUAACUCCAGAAAACAUAUAUUUUGCUGUUAAGACUUGUGCCAAAUUCCAUACAGACAGAAUCCCAGUGAUUAAACAGACAUGGGCAAAAUAUGCAUUAAAUAUAGGAUAUUUUAGUGAUACAGCAGACAAGUAUUUACAAAAUGUGUACAUUGUACCAAAUACUACCAAAGGACAUUGCGCUAAAACUUAUAGCAUUUUGCAAAUAGCCAGCCAUGUACUGAAAAGAGAUAAUCUAGAUUGGCUAAUUAUCAGCGAUGAUGACACUAUAUUCAGCAUAGCACGUUUAUUACGCUUGCUUACGUGCUACAAUCCUAAUAAUCCAAUCGCGAUUGGUGAACGUUAUGGUUUUCGUACGUGGGAUAAUAAUAAUGGGUAUAAUUACUUAACCGGUGGUGCAGGAGUCGUGCUUUCUGCUCCCAUGGUUUAUCGGAUGAUAGAACCGGGUGUAUGCAAUUGCCCAUCUGCGAUUACUCCCGACGAUAUGCAUUUUUUCGGCGCUUGCUUCCUUCGACUCGGGUAUAUUCAUUCACAACCGGUACAUUCUCCGCUUUUUCAUCAGGCACGGCCCAUGGAUUACGCUACCGCUUAUCUGGCAUCACAAGAGCCUGUGUCAUUCCAUAAAUUCUGGAUGAUUGAACCUAAGAUAAUAUAUGAUGAAUGGUUUGCAGAAGCAGAUAGUAUAUUAUCUAAACCUCCACGACACACGGAAUUGUAACAUAGCCUCUGUCCACCACGACGGACGCUGCAGGUUCUCUUUCUCGCUAUAUAUCCAUUCCUUCAUAUGUUUAUAUACCUGGAAGAAGAUAAUUAUAUUAUAUGCGAAUGAUUUAAUGUAAAUUAUUCGAAGAAGGAUGCAUACCUCUCCAUCAGACAUUCCCAGAGAGUUUUAUAAUUCCUUCUCGUAAAAGGUUGUCGAUAUUAGAAUCAGGAGAUGCGAAACCGCCAGCAUACAAAUCUCCCAGUCUCUUCUCCAAAA